GCGGGCCAGACGGCUCGGCCCCUCCUCUGCCUGGGCUGGCUCCGCACCUAACUGGCCCCAGGCGAGGUUUGUCCGGCUCGGUGCCCGCCUCCCCGGACCAGCCCCCAAAGCUAGAAGAGGAAGUUGGGAUAAGUAGGGCCCCGGGCAUCUCCGCCCAGGGAGGCGGGUAGGCCUGGACGGACCGACGAACGGACUGAUGGACAGAAGGAGCAGGCGGCCCGCGGCUCCGCUGUGCCCUGUUAGUGGGUGAGUGAGCGGGCGGGAGGGCGGACGGACGGAGGAGCCACUGUGCUCCCUCUUCCGAGCUGAGAGAGGGCGAGCCCUGAGCCUCCAGGCCCCUGGGAAGUCCGGCAGCUCCGCCCUCCCCUUCUCCCGCCCCAGCAUCUUGGCUGAACCCGGGAGCACGGCCGAAACUCUGUGCCAAGAGCGCCCGGCGCGCUGCGCCUCCCGGGACCGGCCGUUUCCGAGCCACGCUGCGGUGUGCCCGCCCGCUCCGCUGUGAGCUGUUCUCUGUGCCCCGGAGGUCCCAGACCUGCUGCCACGGCGGGCGCCGGGACGAUCGAGAUGACUAGAGGCAGGACGCCCAUCCCUCUCCUCCUUCUCCUCCUCUUCGCGCAGUCGUCCCGGAGCCGCGUCCCUGCAGAAACCCAAACUGUAUUGGUUGGAGAAGAACAAGAGAACAUCACCCUGCCUUGUAGCAGCACCUCAGCCCCUGGGGGCCUGGUGAACUGGUACAGGAAUGAGCCUGAAGCUACCUUCCUCCUUUCUUCCAACAUCACCCUGCGUCCUGAAUCGCGCUACUCCCUGGUGAAUGCCACUUCCCUGCAUAUCACAGGGCUGGUCCCACAGGAUGCGGGGAACUACACCUGCUGGGAAGUGAACAAGACCCUGGGGGACCACCUGGAACACAGGAUCCAGCUGCUGGUGGCCAGUGACCCCAACCAGAUCAAUGUCAACAUCUCCCCAACGGGAAUCCACCCAAAUGGCUCCCUCUUUGUGGUCCGGGGCUCCCAGGUGACCUUCAACUGCAGCAGCAGCUCCCACCCUCCACAUACGGUGGAAUGGUUCUUCCAGCCCCCCGGGGCCAGCAACGAGUCCUUUGGACCCAACAAUGAGACUGUCAGCUAUUUUGUGCUCCACAAUAUAUCGCCCACAUAUCAGGGGAAUUAUACGUGUGUGGCCAAGAAUAUGCUCAGCAAAAGGGUUCACAGAGUAACCUCUGAGAUCCUGGUGUAUUAUCCUCCUCAGUCAGCCCUACAGUGCCGGGCAGAGACGGCUCCUGGGGGGUUCAUGCUACAACUCAUCUGCCAGUGGUCUGGAGGAUAUCCAGAUCCCGUCUUCCUGUGGACAGAAGAGCCCGGGGGCUUGAUCUUGGGCAAUUCAAGCCUGGGUGUGGAGAAACUCAAUCAGUCCCAGUUGUCUGAUGGCCAGAAGUUCAAGUGUGUUGGAAAUCAUAUCGUGGAGCCAGGGAUGAUGGGAGCCAGCUGCACGGUCCAGAUAAAAGGGCCCCAAGCAGUUAGGGAGCCCAUGAAGACCUGCUUCUUGGGAGGCAACGUGACUCUCAGCUGCGAGGUGUCUGGAGCCAACCCCCCGGCCAAGAUCUCCUGGCUUCGGAACCUCACCCAGCCCGGGGAGGAGAUCCUGCCCAGCUCCCGGUACCUGAUUACCCACGAGGGUCCAGUGUCCACCCUCACCAUCCUCAACUGCUCCCAGGGGGUGGACGAAGGCUACUAUGUCUGCAGGGCAGAGAACUUGGUGCGCACCAGGGAGCUGGACAUCUGGCUCACUGUGAAAAAACCUUUGAACAUUGGGGGCAUCGUGGGAGCACUCGUGAUCUUGCUUCUGUUGGUCAUGGGGAUAAUCUCAGGGUCUGUGUUGUACUACAGUCCAAACAUCUGCCUGAAAGUAGGAAACACCCUCAGGGGUCAAGACACAGGUGAUGUCAUGGUCCUGGUCGAUUCACAGGAUGAGGAGGAAGAAGAUGCUGAAGAGGAAGAGGAAGAAAGAGAGGAAGACGACUCACCAAAAGAGAUAACCAGACACGGCCAUGUACACCGGGUAACUGCCCUGGUGAAUGGGGAUGUGGAACGCAUGGGGAAUGGUCUCCAGGCCUUACAAGACGACAGUAGGGAAACCGAGAGCGACAUUUUCCAGGAAGAAUGUGACCGACCUGUUUGAUGGACAAUUCAUCUUUUUCCUUUGUGUUCCUGGAGCUUUCCAGACACCCCAAACCAAUACCCCAACCUGGGUUCUGAGAUUUCUCGCAACAUCACUGGUUUGGAUCUCUCAGCAAAAGAUCCCAGCUCCCCUUCUGUUCUUUUCUCCCUAAUUAGCUUGAUCUGCUACUGGCUUCCUCAAGGAUGCUAAUGAGCCGUAGGAAUGGGCAACUCUUGGGAAGAAGCCAUAACAGUAGCAUUUGGUUUCCAAAGUGCAUCUUUCCCUGGGAGUCUCGGCCCAUCCAGAUGUCCCUACUUCCCCGAGAACACAAGCAGGGCAUCAUUCCUUAGCAACAGGAAGAUGAUUGAAAGUUUGCCAGCAGCCUGUGCCAGAGUACAGAGAAGGGGAUUCUGGGAUGCACCCAAAAUGACCCAGUCAAUCCCUUUAUCACUAUCCAAGUGAGAUACAGAUGGGCCAGACUUCUGGGCAAAUGUCCACUGCCUGAAAAAGGUCAGAGUUUGCUAGGAAUUAUUGUAUCCAGAGGAGACUUUUCUCUCCUUGGUGGGAAAUUGGGUCGACUCUUUGAGUGUGAGCAUUGCAGCCAAGUUUCCUUUGAAGAAGUAGAUCUAGAUGAUUAGAAUGGAAGCUUAGAGGAGCUCAACCUAUGUGUCCUUGGGCAAGGGACCCCCUCUGGGCCUCGGUUUCUUCAUCUGGACAAUGAUGGAAUAGAUGACUUCUACGGUCCCUGUGAGGUCUAUGGAUCCCAUGAUAAUCCGUCCCUUUUCCAGGUCCAUAGAUUAGACAUAAUUCUUUUUGGAGAUGGGUGAGAUGAAUGAGAUAAAGGAGUAUGUUUAUUGUAACCAGAAUGUAUGGGGAAAUAUAUAUAGGGAAUAGGAAAAGGAUGAUUAGGUGAGUUUCUACUUUUUCUGCUCCUUAGCCAGUCAAGAUGUUGAUAUGAAAAUAGAACUCGGCACUUUGCCAUGGAACAAGCACAAUCCAGACUUUCUCACUGACCUCAUGGUCAUUCUUGGCCUGGACUUGCACAUCUCUGAAAAGAUGAAGAGAAAACAUAUUUUCUGCUUGCUAGAAUGCUAGCCUCAUUGGAAAACUACAGAAGACUUGGCAGAAAGAAAGUGCUAUGUAAGUGUUAAUGGAAGGUCUAGUGAGCCACCAUUGUUUUUUCCCAUAAGGCCUUUGGUGAGUCCAUCAGUCAAACCUUUCAAAUGACAGUGACAGAUGAUGCAAAGGAUUUGUGUUAGGCUCUGGGUUUAUUUUCCAUAUGGAAAGACCUACUCAAAAAGGGACUGGGAUACAGUGGAACCUGGACAGCCUGAACUUUUCAUCUUGCCUCAGAUACUUACUUGCCAUGUCACCACAGGCAAAUCAUAUCAAUUCUUUGAGACUCGGUUUCCUCAUCUGUAAAAUUGGGACAGAAUACCUGUAGUACCUACCUCACAGAGCUCUCCUGAGCUUCUAGUGAGGUCAUAUAAGUCAUGGAAGUGUUUAGAAAACUUACUUAUUCUUUUGCCCUUAUCUUCACCAUGGACUUUGCCAAGACAACCUCCCCUUUUCUAAUAUUAAAGUUGACUAGGUUUAUUUUUAAAUCACAUUAAUUUUCAUGUUGAGGUGACCCCGAUGACUGAAAUUGGUUUCAUCAUGAACAAGUCUCUGAAUUAGUUGCAUAUUCCUGCAGGAGAAGCAGUGUAGUAGAUAAAGAGAUGACCUCAGAGCCAAGAAGACCUGAGUUCAAGUCCUGCCUCUGCCAUGACCUGGGGUCAAUCACUUGCUUUCUCAAUGCCCUAGGCAACUAAGACCAACUUGCAGAGAAAGAACCAGGUAGAAAAGCCCUCUGAUGAGGGGUCCCCCAGGGUGCUAAAAUCAUAAGUUCAGACCAAAAAAAAGUAACCUUAUGGGAAUAGUUUUUGGAUUUUCUUAAAAAGAUGUCAAAGUGAUGUCAGUUGGCCAAAGUCAGCCCAAUUACCUAACCAUUUUGCUGCCAGUGCACUGGGAAAUUAAGAGCUAUGUUACAGGGUCUUUCAUCCCAGGAAUCAUAGUGUUACAUUUUGCCUCUCAACUGGAUAGUUUCCAUUUUGCUCCAUGGUACCUCAACUAUUCAUCUACUUCAUGGGCCGCCAUGACAGGUGAAUUCCAACAUCUCCAGGAGCUAGAUCAGAGCCUUCCCUACUGUGAGUCUUUCAGGGCCCAUUUGGUGAAAUUCCUGCAUUUGAAAAUACUAUCCCUUGGGCAAGUAGAGCUCAUCCUCCUUGAUUUAGCAACUGUUCCUUGGGUACCCUGGGAAACUUUACUGGGUUGAUUCCUAAUUGGAAAAGAAGAGAAAGUUGUGCAAGGUCAUUAACAAUUUCCCCAACUUCCUCUUCCUGCUAUAGAUAUUUUAGUAACUGAGUCAGAGCAGAGAUGGGGAACUAUCCAAAGCAAGAAUUUUUCCACUCACAGAAACAUAGUGCCAAUUUGCUAUUAGCCAAAACACCCCUUUGAGCAAGACAAGAGCUAUGCAUGAUUGAUGCUACUCAUGGAUGAGCACAGGAAGCCUUGGGUGAGGCUGGAGGCUAUUAGGCACUUUGAAUUUCAAGGCAUUCAAAGGAAUGGGACUUAGGUAUUUUUAAUAGGAAAAAACCAAAUCUGAAAUAUCAAGGCUCUUUGCCACAGGGAUUCUAUUCUGUCUUGAUAGGCUACAGUUUGGGGCUUCAUCCUUCAAAAAAAUAGGUAUCAUGACUUUGCAGCAAAUCCAGGAAUUCUGCUUACCAGAACUAGAGUGAUAAACAUUUAGAGGCUGCCAUAACAUAUAUUUUUUUCCAUGAUGGCUGGUGGGGUUUGAGGAGGAGGAGAUGACUUUUUGUAGUUGGUUCCAAUUCCCGCUGAAGUCCCACCGUGGAGUUCUAUUAUUUGAGCAUGACUAAGAAACCCACUGAAAGUUAUUGGCACUUGGAUUACUAAAGCACUAAUGAUUAGUUGGAAAGACUUCUUGGGUAAAGAUUUCUAUGACAAUGCAUUCAACAAUAACCAGAAAUCGUCCAUCCUGUGACUAGCCAUACUCUGCUGAUAAGACUUAAAAAAAAACAAAACAACACAGUCAAGUGUCUCUGUUCUAAAUGGUUUGAUAUUUUAUUAGGGGUGGGGAUGAGGAAAAAUUAAUUGUAAGGGCAGUGAUUUGUUUUUUUUAUGAUUCCGGAAUAAAGUUAUUUUUUAAUAACUA